CGCCCUUUACGUUGACUGUGACGGGUGAGCUGAGCAAGAAGGCGGACGCAGUAAGCCUCUGGCGUUUUUGGGUGGACUUUGUCGUCAUGUUGGCGUGUCGUGCACAUUGCGUGGACUCCGCCGACCCCUCCCACCCUGCCGGCACCUCAGCGUGAUUUGAGUGGACUGACUUUGACGCUAAAUGUGGAAAGAAGCCCACCCGAGCACGGUGCACUGUUACGGCCGUUGCGUUCAAAAUCCUCCAUCGUCAUCUUCACCAUCUUCCCGAGCGACUCUCUUUGUCAACUUCCUCCAUGGGUUCCCGCAGCCAAGGCUUCUUCCACCAGCACCAUCAUCACCAUCGUAGCUCCGUGGUACCGGCAACGGUGCCCAGGCUGCUGCCGGAGAAUGGGAGCCUUCUUGGGGGCAUUGCACAGAUCACUCCCAACCUGUUCCUGAGCAGGGGCAAUGUGGCGUCCAACCGCAGCCUGCUGCUAUCCAAAGGCAUCACGUGCGUGGUCAACGCCACCAUUGAGCUGCCCAACUUCAACUGGCCGCACAUGGAGUACGUGAAGGUGCCGCUGGCCGACAUGCCGCAUUCACCCAUCUCCUUGUACUUCGACAGCGUGGCCGACAAGAUCCACAGCGUGGGCCGCAAGCGUGGCGCCGUGUUGGUGCACUGCGCAGCGGGCGUCAGCCGCUCAGCCUCGCUGUGCCUGGCCUACCUCAUGAAGUACCACCGCGUGUCCCUGGCUGAGGCCCACGCCUGGGUCAAAGCCCGCCGGCCUGUCAUCAGACCCAACGGCGGCUUCUGGCGCCAGCUCAUCGAGUAUGAGAGGAAGCUGUUCGGUAGGAACUCUGUGAAGAUGGUGCAGACGCCCUAUGGGGUCAUACCGGAUGUUUACGAGAGGGACCGCAGGAGUCUGUCUCCGUACUGGGGCCUGUGAGCCACCACUGGACUUGAAGACCGAGGGAGCUUUUUGAAAGAACUCUGGUUCGCUUUGAAGGAGGAAGUCAGUCUUGAAAAGACCCACCAGGACCACAAUGCAAACACCGGUGCCGUCUUAUCACCUGGUGUUUGCUGUGCUUGGCUCCGUUCCCUGUCAUGAUGUCAUGUGAUGGUCUUGUGCAAGUCUUACAGAGCAGCACGCUCAAAGUCUAUGGUAGCAUUUUUAAGUGCAGUGUACAGAGACAAAAUAUAAGUUUAGAUUGCAAUGUGUUGAUAAGCCCCGUUUCUGCCAAGCGAUUUCAGUUUCUAUUGUCAAAACUUGGAAAGGCUACCUAAUGAUUUCGAUACUUCACAUAUUUGGUACUGAUCACGGUACGGUACACUGCUUUCUACUGCCUGGCUGACAAAGAAUGAUCAACAAGUAACAGAACAGGAAGAACAAUUUAUUUUAAAUAGUCGAUUGCAGAGAACACUGAUUUUUUUUUUAAUUCCAUAUUUUUGUUAGUACUGUAGUGAACUAAAAUGAAAAAAACUUCCAUAGGUACUGUAUAAAAACACAUUUACAAGAUUUAGAAACUGGAUUUUCAUAUUACUCUACGUUUUUCAGUAAACAUGUCAAAAUUCAAUACAAACUUACCACCAUUUACUAGAGGUUUUCCACACACUGCAGCCUUACUCUGUGCUGGUCUAGAACUCUACCCCUUUGGCGGAAUGAUGCCUAUGUUAGGAAGAAAAUAACUUAAAAGAUGCUAUGAAAUCGUAUUUUUUAAAGGCUAAAAUACCCACACAUAAGAUGUACAGAAAGUUCUAGAGGAGGCUCCAGUGUAGCACAGGGCAAGUGCUCCUGUUCUUGUCCAAUCAGAGCUGUAUUUCAAUUGACAAAUAUAUACUGCUCAAUUACAGUAACAGUGUUUAUUACAAAAAGGCUACAUUAUUUUGCAAGUAUGAUGCAGCACAAUAUACUGUAGAUCCUGCAGUCAAUUUGGGGAUAUUUUUAAAGUGCAAUAUUCAACCUUACACAUGAUGUGAUAAUUUUUUAAAACUAUCUGGAGAUGAGAUGCUCUUAUCCUGCUUUUUACUCUGCAGUCUGACAAAUGAAGCAAUUGUGCACUUGUUUGUAUUUGAAUUUGGAAAAGAGAAUAAAGACCUUAAGAUGUGACAUUGCUGUUUGUAUUGAUGCAAACCCGAAAAUAAACUUCCUGUCAUCUUCCAUCAAGAGAUGUUUCAAAUUUUGGAAAUGUCAAAGGAACAAACAUGUUGUUCGUUUUCAUUUGGUGAAGUCACACAGGAUCAGGCACCUGGCAAUGAAAGCUAUUUAUCUUGUUUACACACUUGUAAAGUCGCCGCUAAUACCUGUAGAAACGGCCGAGCUGGUCUGAUGGUAGAUGCACCAGUUUCAGGCCGCAAAUUUCCUCCAAACGCCAUCUUUUUCUCCCUCUCCCAUCACUGGGCCUCCUGCCUCUGUAUAGAAAGUAAACACAUCCCUCAGCAUGCGACGGGGUACUAACGUCCAUCAUUAAAACAGCGAGAACAACCAUGCCAGGCUUCAAGGGAGCCGACGGAGGUUAAGGAGACACACACCAGCUUGUGUGUCACUUUUAUUUAGUACCACAAUUUUCCUGGAGUCCAAUGUGACUCAUUGACUAAUUUGUUGUGUCUUAGCCACACAUCUACAUGAUGGAAUUAUUCAGAUGGAACAAAUCCAUCGUGAUAGUCAUUGGCUUCAUUAAUGUGACAUGAUCAUUUAGUAAAUUUUCGAACUACAAUUAGAACAAGAAUAUGGGUUUUUAAUUGCUAUAUUAAUUGGGAACUUAACAGUCAUCGAUUAAUCGACUGAAUGCAAUAAAAUACACAUUUGUAUACUGUACAUCUGUGGUAAAAGUGAGCAGAAUAAUGUUCAAAAUAUUACAGCGCUGCUGCUGGUGGCAGUCGAGUAGUGCACUCAAUGGACAUCAAUAUUUGGUCUAUUUUGUUACAGAUUUGGAAUUUAUCGUAUUCUAAAUAUUUUCCAUUUCCAUUAAUUUCAAUACAACUAAGUAGCCAGCUUGGUGUGUUUUAAUAACGAAAUUAAAAAGCAUAUACAGUACAGCGUUCAUUAGCAUUGAGGGAUUAGCCGCAUGCUAACGCUAGCAUCGUAGCUACCGGUGUGCAAUUAGCGUUUCUGUCGGCGGCCGUUACAUUCGUUUUGACAAUUAAAUUGAACUUAUAUCUGAAUAUUCACUAGUAAGCUACUGCAAAAAUGGUUCAGAUAAAACCAAGUUACCACCCGAACUGUUACGAAAGGUGUGGUUUCUUCUUCUGCGGAAUCACGUUAAGAAGCGUCACUGUGCCACCUAUUGGUAGAAGAGUGCAAUUGCACCAAAUACUGCUUUCACUCCUUAACACUGCCCCAAGUGGCGAAUAAUGGCUUUGUAAAGGGAUUGGACAAUCAGUACAGGAAUGAUUUACAGGAACAUCUGCGCAUUCUGUGAAAUACGUUUAGUCCAAGUCGGAUCUUAUACCUACAUUAACUCGCAAGUUACUCAUACUGUACACAGAACACAUGGACAUAUAAAAAUACAGUAAUAUAACAAUUAAAAGAUGAUAAAAAAUGACAUGAAAUAGUAAUAAAAGAACUACUUACCUUUAUCUCUGCGGUUCUCUCACUACGUUCUUAAAAUAUUGUCCCAGGCUAAUCUGAAAGGAUUACCUCUUCCCCUUCCAGGUUUCCUUGCAACAGCGCACGGAAUCCAUGAUCCCUCUCGCAUUCAAUAAUCUUUAUCCUUAAUGAUGGUCGCAACAGUUGAGCGGUUCAGACCAAAAGAGUGGCCAAUGUUGGUGGGCGUGUCUCCUCUGAGCUUUUUAUGAUGCUCAUUUUCACUUCAAUGGCGGUGGCUUUCCUUUUUUUUGGCUCAGUGCCCCUUGGGAGACAUAGACGAUAUUAUUCAUCGUCAGUGAGGCUGAGCAGGCACAUACUGUAUUCUUCCGCCCAGCACGGGGCACACACUGCAUUGGUGUGCUGCGGGCCGCACGAGUUCUUCCACCGGUGCAUGCUGUAACUAGUUCUCGAGCGAGUCUCAAGCUUACGGACCAAAAUCAAGUUAUGCGAGUGCAUUCUUAACCACAAAAUGCUGUACCACGACCGACCCGCUGUAAACUCCGGACCACCUGUGCUCCUUUCCAAAAAAAAUCCAAUUCAGUGUUUCUUUUCGCUCACGGAAACAUCCAUCUCUCGUCUGCAAACAUCCGCGUAGAUUCCGGUUGCAGAUGGCAUGCAGCCUCCGAUCAUAAUAAUACAAAGUAUGCACACUCCACAAGCACAAUCAGUGCGAGUAUCAACACUCAUACAUUUCCAUUUUAACAAGGCCGGGAGCUCGAGGCCUGUUAUCAGCAUAAACAUGAGGCUCUCACAGCUGCUUUGCAUUCAUAUUCACACAAGGCUCCUGUGUGAUUCCACAACUGAUUGAGCUACACCGCAAUGCAUGCUGGGAAAAAAGAGUGGCUGUAUUAUGUAGGAGGCAACAUAGUCAUAAGUAAAUAGCUGCAAAUCAUGGAAAAUAGUAAGAACUAUAUACAGGGUCAGGCAAAAUGAUCUGACACAUUUGUAGGUUAAAUAAAAGGCAAAUAAAGUAAAGAAACAAAAAAGUGUUUUUAUUUUCGAAAAGUACAUAUGCCAUUUUUUUCAUAUAAUGCCAUUUUGCUUCGUUUCUUUUUCAGUUGCUGCCAUGAAUUGUACUGGUGAGCAUUGCGCUUUCAUUGUGGAAACGUUUAUCAAAACAAACGAAUCUGUAACUGCAACACAACGAGCGUUCCGUUUGCACUUCAAUCUUGGUAGACAUGAUCCCGUACCAGCUGGAAACACGAUCUUGUUAUGGGUUACUAACUUCAGAGCUACUGGAUCUGCAUUGAGUGUGUGGACAAUAAUGGAUCCCAUUUGACUGAUUUAAUUUUUAAAACAUAAUGAAACAGAAUGGCAUUAUAUGUACAUAUGUACUUUUCGAAAAUAAAAACACUUUCUUUACUUUGCCUUUUAUUUAACCUACAAAUGUGUCAGAUCAUUUUGCAUGACCCUGUAUAAUAACCAUAAUAAUAAUGGAUUAGACUUUUUUAUAAUGCUUUCCAAGGUACCGAUGACCUGCUCUCCCUCCUGAGCCACUGCCACUCGUACAUAUAAGAGCAAGAGAUAUUACUUCCAGCAAUACCUAUAAAACGCCACUAGUUGCCAGUAACACAGCUGCCUUGCCAGUGUUUAUUUUAACUUUGACAGCAGUUAACGUCCAUCUAUACUAUUACAGAGUGGAUAUAGAAUUGCUGUAGAAUGAAAUAAAAAGCUGCAUAAUUCAAAUUGAUGCACUCAUUUAUUUACAUUCACAUUAGUUACCAUGACCCCUCGUCACACACAAACAAUCAUUGCAUUUUCACCAAAUUUGCCACAAAUCCCAACCUUAACGCCUUUUAAAAGCCUAAAAUGUACAUGGUUUAAAUACCCUGUGGAGGCCAGACAUUCAAAACAGACUUGUUUAAAUAAAAAUAAAAUCUACCUUCCAGCCAAGAAGUGAGUUAAAAAUAUUCAAAAGUGAGGUUAAAACCAUAACAGCCACAGAGAAAUGGAAGCUGACUGACACAUUCAACGAUCUUGUGAUGCAAACAAAGGAACACCGGUUCUACAAGCACUUUCUACCCUUAUACUUACUUAAAAGCACAUUUAAUAUUGAAUUAAAUCCGACCCAGCCGACAUUAUCAUUCAGUGUGCUCCACAGUUUGUGACAAAAUAAAUAAAUGACAAGGUGAGUCAAAAGGUCAGAGCAGGUCGGGCAGGAUGAGGCCCGGCGGUUUGGGCUCCACGCAGUUGAUCCAAAAAUUGGCACAGCUGGCGUGGUACUGGUGGCCGCCGUACAGCAGCUUGAAGUUGUCCGUCUCAGAGUUGAAUGCCUGCGGGGGUGGAAAGGUGAGACUUGAGACGCUGAUAGGACAUUUGGACACUCAGCGGGAGGGAGCUGCGGCUAAUGGUUGGUUUUGCUUCUUACUAUAAUGAAUGCUACCAACACGAGAAAUGCAUGGUGAAAGACUGCCACAAUGUAUCCCACAGGGCUAUAUUUGUCAUAUACUGUAACUCUGACAUAUAGACUGCUUUUCACAUAACUAAUAAAUCUAAGCCUCUACCUUAAAAAUAUCUAUAUGUUACAUUUAUCGUCACACUUUUAUAGCAGGAACCGUUUUGGGACCAAUGGGUAAAAAGGCUGAAUAUUUUUAAAUGUUUGCUCUAAAAAAUAAUGGAUCAAAACCAUUUAUUUACCUAAUAAAAAGUAGGGAUGCACCCAUUUCAUCCCUGAAUUUGGAUAUCUGCCAACGCCAGAGCUCUGUUUGCUUUAAUAUGCAACCACACCAAAAGAAUAUCAGCAAAUGUAACUAGAAGAAUAUCAGCCAACAUAAGUUGUCUCCAGGGCCGCACGGUGGUCUAGUGGUUAGCAUGUUGGCCACACAGGGUUUGAUUCUCCCUUGGGCAUUUCUGUGUGGAGUUCGCAUGUUCUCCCCGUGCGUGUGUGGGUUUUCUCCGGGUACUCCAGUUUCCUCCCACAUGUUAGGUUAAUUGGUUGGUUGGUUAAUUGACUCUAAAUAGUCCAUAGAUGUGUAUGUCUAUAUGUGCCCUGCCAUUGGCUGGCAACCAGUCCAGGGUGUACCCUGCCUGUCACCCAAAGUCAGCUGGGAUAGGCUCCAGCAUAGAAAAUGGAUGGAUGGAUGGAUAGUUGUCCACACACACACACACACACGUGACUACAAAGCCCUCAAAAAGAACUCUCCAAAAAACGACAACAAUGUUCUGUUGACAUAAAUGACCUGUAGAUUACCCAAGCUACAACGACAUUGUUAUCGUAGCAGCUUACACGAAGAACUAUUUUUCUAGCGUAGUGACGCAGCGCCUCAUGCCUCUACUGAGAAAUAACGCGUCCACACCUAAACAAUGCGAUAGGACACAAACCUAUACUGACAAGGAAACAAGAACUAAGAAUAGACAACCAAAUGAUCUGUAAAGUAUUUGCCCACAUUCCAUGUUUUGUUUAUACACGGCUACAUGGCCUGCGUUGUGAUAUCAUGUGCUCUGUGCUCCAUGUAUCGCAAAGAUGUUUUUUGUAGGCACGUGCAUUGUUAGCUCCCUCAUGCUGACUGUCUUCCUCUCUUUAGAACGCACAGAAAAGAGAAAGACAUGUGCUCAUGUUUCACAUAAGGACUGUGAAUGAUAGGCAAAAGAGCGGUUUUCCUCUAAGAGUUUGUGAUAUCUGACUGUUUUGUGUGGCUGUGAACGCCAAAAGCAAGAGGAGGGCUUGUGUGUGAGGGGCACGGCUACAGUGCACAUGUGGAGACAGCUACGUUCACUUAUACUCUUUUGGCUACAUUUGUUUAUAUCCUUACGCCUACGUUUGCUGACAAGCUGACAACUUUAAAGCACAGACAUGGCUCAUGAAUCGGAAAUCUCCGCAGGUAGCAACUUCUGAUAUGUAAAUUACACUGGCCCCAUUCCUAAAUAUCAGCUAUAAUAACCUCAUCCCAACAAUUCCACUUUGCGCCUCAUUUUUGGAAAACAUUGAAUAUUUAGUGUUUUUCUCCCAUUGAAAAAAAGUCCAAUGGCAAAAUAGAGACACAAAAACUUUAAAAUUGUGUUGCUGAAAAGAUGUGACGCAGUCAUUUUGACAAAAAUGUAUAACAUACAUUUUUCUAACUAGUGGGACCGUUUUGGGCCCUAAAGCCUUUGACAAAUAUAACAGCAUGACUAUAAAUCCGUUGCAAUGCUUAACAGGUAUGUGAUGAUAGCAAAAUGUAGUACUGAUUCAACAAAUAACACAAACAGUAGCCAAUGAGCAGACACAUGUCAAAUCUUUAGGUCGAGACUCAGCAGUCUCAAAGAGAACCGCACUCCUCUGAGGACAAAAAUGUACAUAUUCUGGAGAGAGAAGACGGGCAGUUUGAAGGAAGAGUGAGGGAGGUUAUCUACGUCAAGGCUGAGAAACCAUUUCUGAACAGAACAGGAGGGCUGCAACACCAUCCAUCUUCCACCUACAGUACAAAGCUUCCUUUCCUUUCCGUCCUCUAACAAGUAUCAAACACAACACAGCCACUUUUGGUUUCAGAUGUGCACAUAACCAUUUGGAUUUGACUGUUCCCUGGCAGAGGCCCAACACCAGUGCAUCUUAACGACUGUCGUUUUGCGUAUCUUACAAAAUAAAUACUGUGGAGCCUGCACCGUCCCUAUCUAGUCAAGAGCAUGAAUUGAUGAAGCCUGCUCGGAUGAGAGGCAAAACAAAACGUGUUCUAAGGCAACCUGGGAUUGAUUCAGUGUCCUGAGAAGGCAAAUAUUGAUGUUUGCAUAGUUCUGCAACACACUGUUAUUACCAAAACAUUUGAAUGGUGGGUGUUCAUACAUGAAAUGCAUGUAGCAUUUGACUACCUGCUCAGCAGAGUGCACUCUAAGGAUGCUCAUGGGUGUGAUGGGUACCUAAA